UUUUUGAAUUUCAGAACAUUAUGAUCAUAAAAAAACAGGUGUGCAUAACCAGUAGUACAUCAAGCUGAGAGUUGCGACGAAACCAAAUUUUGCAAAAGAAAAAGAAGUUGCUCUUCAUCUAGUGGACAUUGAUUGUUGGUCUCUAUUUCCAUUUCGCGCAGAGCUGACUUUUCACAUAUAUACACACACACACACACACUAUGUUGUAUGGGAAAAUUCAAACAUUCAACAUUGCUCGAAACCUAAUUGGAAAAUCAUUUCCAUCAAGGAACAUGGCCACGUCAGCACAUGAGAAUCUGGUCAGCGUGGGCAGUAAGAUCAUCGCCGUUGGUCGUAAUUACGCCGCUCACGCUAAAGAACUCGGCAACGCCGUUCCUAAGGAGCCGGUGUUGUUUAUGAAGCCCACGUCGUCGUAUUUAGAGAACGGAGGGACAAUUGAAGUUCCUCAUCCAUUGGAAUCACUGGAUCAUGAGGUGGAGUUAGCAGUUGUGAUCAACCAAAGAGCUAGGGAUGUACCUGAAGCCACUGCUAUGGACUAUGUCGGAGGUUAUGCACUUGCUUUGGAUAUGACUGCGAGGGAGAUCCAAGCUACGGCAAAGUCUGCAGGCCUGCCAUGGACUGUUGCUAAGGGCCAAGACACAUUCACUCCUAUCAGCUCAGUUUUACCACGCUCUAUGGUGCCAGAUCCCCAUGACAUAGAAUUGUGGCUGAAGGUUGAUGGAGAACUUCGGCAAAAAGGCUCAACACGAGAUAUGAUAUUCAAGAUUCCAUAUUUGAUUAGCCACAUAAGUUCUAUCAUGACUCUUCUCCAGGGAGAUGUUAUUUUAACUGGGACUCCCAAAGGAGUUGGUCCCGUUAAGGUAGGUCAAAAGAUUGAUGCUGGCAUAACAGGUCUCCUGGGUGUGCACUUUGAUGUUGGAAGACGGCCAGGAGCAAAACAGCAAUGAUUCACUAUAAGUUUAUCUUUUUUGGUUUGUUGUAUACUUAAACCACUUGUUUGAGGACAAUUCUUAUUUUGCCCUCUCAAGUUUUCUCAGAUAUGUUGUACAAUAAUAAAAUCACUGACUUGCAUCUUCUUAGAAAAAUUACAAGUCGAAAUGGCAUGAUGCCUGAUUUCCCCUACCCCUCAGUGGAAUGCUUAUUUAUACCCUUUUUAGGUGAUAAAUUCCUUGUGUACAUGCAACUAGAGAUUUGGUACAAGGUAGAAAGUACUACUAUAUUGUAUUCGGUUCA